AUGACUCAAGACCCCCGUGUUCUGCUCCAAAAAGCUGACAAAGCGCUCUCCGGCGCCUCUGGUGGCUUCAGUUGGUUUGGAGGACGCACAGAGAAGUACGAGAAUGCCGCAGAUCUGUAUACCCAGGCUGCAAAUGCAUUUCGAGUACAGAAAAUGAACAAGGAGGCAGGUCAGACUUUCGAGAAAGCUGCCUCCAUCCAGACCCAGAACCUUAACGAACCUGACGACGCCGCCAAUACCCUCCAGGAAGCCUUCAAGGUCUACCGCAAGUCAGACCCUGAGGAUGCUGCCCGUGUUCUUUCGAGUGCUAUCCAGCACUACGUACUACGAGGAAACCUGCGCCGUGCGGCCACGCAGCAGCAAUACCUGGCCGAGGUGUACGAGGUGGAGCUCGGAGAUAUGAAGAAGGCGCUUGACUCAUAUGAGAAGGCCGCCGAGUGGUUUGAGGGUGAUAAUGCCGAAGCUCUUGCAAACAAGCACUUCCUCAAGGUGGCAGACUUGUCCGCUUUGGACAACGACUACUACAAGGCCAUCACUAACUACGAGCGCAUCGCCCGGUCCUCAGUUAAUAACAACCUGAUGAAGUGGUCAGUUAAGGAUUAUCUCCUAAAGGCUGGUAUUUGCCAUCUUGCCACAAAGGACCUAGUUGAGACAAACCGUGCCCUUGAAUCAUACCGAGAGCUCGAUCCCACUUUUGCUUCUACAAGAGAGCACCAGCUACUCGUGGACCUGACCCAGGCUGUCGAGGGUGGUGACCAGGAGGGCUUCGCUGACAAGCUGUUCCAGUUUGACCAGCUUAGCAAGCUAGACAAGUGGAAGACGGCUCUCCUUUUGCGCAUCAAGAAUAACAUUGAGGAGGCUGAGGAGGACUUUUCGUAG